GUCCAGACUCCUGGUCCUCAUUUUCUGUGAAUCCAUCUCAGAAUAGCCAUUUGAUCCUUCCUGCGCUGACCAAGGCCGCGCCCUCCUUCGCUUCCCUCGCUUCGGUCGCUUCUUCGCUUCUUUUUGCACCCUCUGUGCCCUCCCACGCUCUUGAUCUCCUUUCAGUCUCUGCUCUCCCACCACCCCCCCCCCUGCCCACCCCCAAAUUUUAUUUGACUUGCCGUCGCUCAUAUCCACCCUCGAACUCUUCCCCCCCCAUCUGCAAACAAAGACACACAAAAAGUGGGGUUGACCUUUUUGACUCUCCAGCAGAGUUUCCAGCAAAAAAGCCCAUCCCCCCCUCCCCCCCUCGCCCUUGUGGUUUCUUCCAUCCCACAGCUACAUACCUGGGCGAGUUGGUUACUUUGGAUACCUGGAUACCUUAAUUCCCUUGAUCCCUUGAUCUCCCGAAUUGACCGGUCCCGCAACCGUUCCUCCGUAUCUCUGGUAAUCAACCACAGCUCCGACCGCGCUUUGUCAGGCUUGGGUUCACAUGUCCCAUGUGUGAGACAAAACCCUCCCCAGGUCCUCUUGACGUGUCACCCUGGACCAAAACUCCAUCAUCGCCCUCAUUACGACGCCCUCCCUCACCGACUUCACCCUGCGACGUCUCCAUAAUCCACAAUUUUCACACGCACGCAGCGCUGUCGGGUUGUUGACGAUUCUGGCAAGCUCUCCAUCCGCCCGUCUCCGUCUAAGCCCGCCACGAAUCGCCAUCUCAUUCGAACGGCUGCCCCUCCCGUCGAUUGCCCGUGUCGUCUUGGUUUCCUGGCCUUGCGCAAAAACACCACACAAACGCGCAGAAGGACACAAGAUCUCGUGAAAUUCCCCCGUCGGUUUCGCCUCAGCUUUGUCUCCUUUGGGCCAUUUCCCCGACCCUAAGAUCUGGAACCCGGAUUUGCAUCCAUGUGUUGUCACCAAGUGUCUUCGCUCCCCUCCCGGUGACCGGUCUUGGUGUGCUGGUUCUUUUUAUUUCCCCAGAGAUCGGGGGAACAAAAAAUCACCACGCAGAAGACAGGAGAGGAUAGGGGGUUCUUUACUACCAUGUACAGAAAUUCGGCGCAGCUAAAGUGCAUCAAAAGCAUUCCGCCCAACGCCCUCCCUUCGCCCGACAACACAAGCGACUCUGAUUCGGAAAUCCUCGAUGCUCUCGACCAGAAGAGGAGGCAGUUGGACGAGGAGGUCGCCAGGUUCAAGGCGGCAAAGGACCGCGAGUUUCGCGAGUUUGAGAAGCAGCUGUGGAUUAACAAGAAGAGGUCGCGCGCGGGUGCCAACAGUGCUUCCGAGGGUACGCCCACCAAGGCUUCAUCGACCCCUUCGGCGGCGACGUCUGCCUUGAAUCUGCUGGCCUCGACGCAAAAUGGUUCUGUGAAUGGCUGGCCUGGCUACAAGGCCAGAAGAGAUGGGGUGGUGGGUGACAAGAUCGUCAGAAGACCGGCACCGCUCAGUGGCCCGACGCUGUCCUUGGAAAAGUUGAACAUUGCGGGCGAAACCACGCCACCUUUGCAUAACCUGGGGACGCCGCCCACGCCCACGCUCUUAACUCGGGCAAGGUCCCGUUCUCCCACAAGUGCAGCGGCACGGCCGACAACACCGCCGCCCGCACAGUUAAAGAGGGACCUUGAACCCGCGUCCACUCCUACACCUGCGAAAGACCAAUCCGACCCCUUUGCUGGUGUCUUCACGCCCAUGUACCUGCCCCUGUUGGAGUCAAGCGAUCGCACUCCGAUCGUGCGGAGUCCGCAGCCUAUGACUGCUGCGGAAGAGGAAGCGAAAAGACUGCAGCUGGACGCCGAGUCCAAGGACCGCGCGGAGCAACAGUUGAAACAGCAAGCACGCUCGUCCCAAUCGCUACCGCCACAACCGGUCUCCCCAACCGUUCUCGCGACGAAGCGCGCCCAAUCGACGUCCAUUCUGCCGAGUGCAAGCCUCCCCAGUGCAUUAAGGACUGCCAGUGGCGGAGGAAGGAGGCGGAAGCACGUGAUGUUCCAGCUGGCGGACCUCAAAGUCGUCGACCCGAGUAGCAGUUACGAAGAAGGCCCGAGUCCGGAGUUGGAGCCCGAGAAGGAUGGGAAUGGAGACGCUCAACAGCGGGGUCUUGGGGUUAGCAGUGAAGCUAACGGUGAGCAGGACAAGGGAAGUCCCGGACUACUGGGUGAAAAGGAGAGGCGUCGAGGAAGGGGGAGAGGAGGCCGCUUCAUCUCGCCCAUCCCUUCGCCGCUGGCGAGUCCAAACCCGAGCCCAUCUCCGUCCCCGGCCCUCAAUGGAAGCUCGCCGUCGCCGUCGCCCUUGCAAUCCCCGCGCUUGAUCUCAUCACCAGACGAGUCUGGGUUUUCCGGCGGCCUGGUCGGCGCGGUUGACGGAGGCAGCGGCGUCGGGUUUUUUGAGCUCGACGAAGAGCUCGCGAGUCCGGCGUUGAGGGAGGGUCAGCCGGCCGAAGCGUUUGAUCUCGAGGUCGAGGACGAGAUCAGCGAGAAGAUCGGCCGAGAUUCCGCGGAAGCCGGUGAAAAGGGACUGGGGAUCGUCCCCACGCUCCAGGUGGGGAGCGUCCCCAUCGACAUUGUGCGGCCCAGUGGCAGCUGGAUCGGGAGCUUUGGACAUUGAGCUUAUGAGACGGCGCCGGGCCUCCAAAAAACGGAACAAAAAGUAAUGGAACCGCAAAGGGAAAAAAGGACACGAAGAGAGGUGUAGUUCAGAAGGAGACCUACACCAACUCUCAAUACAGGAAACAACAUUCGGGGGGUUUGAUAUCAACAAAACCCCUCUGACCGGAGACCGGGAGCGUCCUCAACCCAUCGUUCCUCCCGGCGAUGUUUUCGGACUCCAGCAGCAUGUGUGUGCUUCCGAUACUAACGAGCAUCUUGGGGCGGCAUAUUUGGUUUUCCUUUCACCGCCGCGACUGGGGAGGGGAUCUUUACUUGGGCACCCCCUCCCCCCACGCGCGACUUCAAACUAUACACGAGUAUCUGGGUCGGCUAUUGUGAGCGAUAUUGUUCUUGUUUCGUCUUUGAUUUUUCUCGGGAUUGGGACUAGGAAUCCGCGCCCACACGGCUUUGCUCUGGCCCCUGGCCUACCAAUAGGCCACGAUAGAAAAGGGCGGACAAUCGCGGAAGAGGUAAAUGGAGGGAGGAGAGGCUAUCUGUCUAUCUGUUUGUCUGUCUGUGUUUCGUCUGUCUUUGGCCAUAUUUCGCCCACGGGCAGUCAGGCCAGUUCAAGGUGGGCGGCGGCAAAAAGUCUACCAAAAAGAUUCAUGCUUUUGCUUUGCUGUUACGUUACGCGAUGCGAUGUUUUAUGGAAAUGCUCCAGGGAUAUUUACGGGAUGGAAAUGGGGUGUUGGAAAUUGGAAUCCGUUGUACAUAAAAUCUACAUAUACAUACCCCCUACAUACUGUCCCCAGUCAACGCAGCCGCGAGCCAUGCGAAUACUAGCGAAUACUCUACGCCUGACAAUGUGGCCGGUCUGCGUCUUGUCCCUGCACGCGACAUGUGAAC